UAAUGGCCCCUGCAGGGUUGGGAAAUGCAGGCCCUGCAGGUGCCAAGGUCCAGGCUCUCUCUGGAGCGGGCAGAGCCCGGCUUUUGCCCCCGCACCAUGGACUUUGCCAGGAGCUGGCAGCUUGUCAGGGCCCCCGUUGGAGCAAACCCGAUCGAUUCAGAGCUUCCCUUCCACCUCAUCCCUUCGCAAUUCCUUUCCCAGCACCUUUUUCCGAGGGAGGAGGAGAAGGGCUGGUCCUGGCUCAGCUCCCGGCUCCGGCAUUGUCACGGGACGGGCGCGAUGGCCGGGGCACGCCUGGCUGGUUUUGGGCAGAGAGCGUGGUGUUCAGGGACACAAACACGUGUUGUGGGGAGGAGGUUGGGGCGCGGAGGGAAGGAGGAAGCCGGGGAGGACUUGAGUGUCAAUUUUUCUCCUCUCCCAGGCGGAGAUGGGGGCACCACUCGGCCAUCGAGGUGACCAACGAGCCCAUCCUCGAGUUUAAGCCGGGGAGCCCCGAGCGAGCGGCGCUUCAGAAGGCACUCGCCGACCUGAAGGACAAGACAGAGGCCAUCCCUUGCGUGGUUGGGGGAGAAGAGGUGUGGACAUCCACGGUGCGGUACCAGCUGUCGCCGUUUAACCAUGCGCACAAGGUGGCCAAGUACUGCUACGCCAACAAGGAGCUCAUUAACAAAGCCAUUAACGCCGCCUUGGCAGCGAGGAAGGAAUGGGACCUGAAACCUGUCCAGGAGCGGGCGCAGAUCUUCCUGAAGGCAGCUGACAUGCUGAGCGGCCCCAGGCGAGCAGAGGUGCUGGCCAAAACCAUGAUCGGGCAGGGCAAAACCGUCAUCCAGGCGGAAAUCGAUGCCGCGGCGGAGCUGAUCGACUUCUUCCGCUUCAACGCCAAGUACGCCCUGGAGCUGGAGCACAGCCAGCCCCUCAGCGUGGACAUCAGCACCAACAGCAUGGUCUACCGGGGGCUGGAGGGUUUCGUGGCGGCCGUCUCUCCCUUCAACUUCACAGCCAUCGGUGGCAACCUGGCAGGGGCUCCAGCCUUGAUGGGAAACGUGGUGCUGUGGAAGCCCAGCGACACUGCCCUGCUCUCCAGCUACGCCGUCUACAAGAUCCUGCUCGAAGCCGGGCUCCCUCCCAACGUGGUGCAGUUCGUGCCGGCGGAUGGACCCGUCUUUGGAGACACCGUCACCAGCUCCGAGCACUUCUGUGGCCUCAACUUCACCGGCAGCGUCCCGACUUUCAAGCACCUCUGGAAACAGGUAUCCGAAAACCUGGAUCGCUACCGCAAUUUCCCACGGCUGGCUGGAGAGUGCGGCGGGAAGAACUUCCACCUGGUGCACAGCUCGGCCGACGUGGCCAGCGUGGUGAACGGGACCCUGCGCUCGGCCUUCGAGUACGGCGGCCAAAAAUGCUCGGCUUGUUCCCGUCUCUACGCCCCGGACUCGCUGUGGCCCCAGAUCAAAGAGAAACUGCUGGAGGAGCACGGGAAGAUCAAAGUGGGAGACCCCACGCAGGACUUCGGGACGUUCUUCUCUGCAGUGAUCGAUGACAAGUCUUUUGCCCGGAUAAAGAAGUGGAUCGAGCACGCCAAGAAGUCGUCCAACCUCACCAUCCUGGCCGGAGGCGGCUGCGACGACAGCGUGGGCUACUUCGUCCAGCCCUGCAUCGUGGAGAGCAAAGACCCACGGGAUCCCAUCAUGAAAGAGGAGAUUUUUGGCCCCAUCCUCACGGUUUACGUCUACCCCGAGAAGCGGUACAAGGAGGUGCUGGAGCUCAUCGACACCACGACGCCCUACGGCCUCACGGGGGCGCUCUUCGCCCAGGAGAAGAGCAUCAUCGACGAAGCCAGGAGCCUCCUGCGCAACGCCGCCGGCAACUUCUACAUCAACGAUAAAUCGACGGGCGCCGUGGUGGCUCAGCAGCCCUUUGGGGGCUCCCGCAUCUCAGGCACCAACGACAAGCCCGGUGGCCCCCACUACAUCCUGCGCUGGACGUCGCCCCAGGCCAUCAAAGAGACGCACGUGCCGCUGCGGGACUGGCGCUACGCCUACAUGCAGUGAUGCCUUCUCCUGGCCACACACCCCAACUACUGAUCCCCACCCAACGCACAGAGUGGCUUUGCUGCUACAACCUUAAAAAAAAAAAAAAAAACCCACAAAAAGAAAGCACUUAAAUCUACUGAUCUCUAACCUGUGGAGCUUAGGUUUUAUUUUUAAAGUAAAAAAAUUAUAUUAUUAAAUUGUUAACUCAAAGGAAAAGUCCUUGUGGGUUUUUUAGUUAUGUGAGUAGGUUUAGUUAAUUAAUUAAGGGGUGGUUGGAGGUGUGGCUGUAGAACACACCUGGACUCUGCGUUCCCUUUUCCCCCCGUUUUGUCCAUCCCAAGCUGUCCAGUGCUGGAAUUAGAGCAGAGAUGGGCGUUAAGAGGCUGGCCCUGUCCCACUCACCUGUAAAAAGCCACGUCCUCCCCUUCCCUGGCCCCAAGGCCUCCCUUCCCCAGCAGAAACCACUGGAAGGUGUGGGCUGUGUGUCCCAGCCUCCCUGGGCUGGUUUUAAACCAGAAAUCAAUCCGGUGGGAGCCCUGAGCCGUAUCUUCUCCCCGUUCUCCAGCAAGAGCAAAGCCCUCCACACCCCCAGAGGGUUCUGAUGCAGGAAAAGAACAUGGCAGAGGGUGUGUGUUGUGCCAGGAGAGGGUGGCUGUGAGGGCAGUGCUGCCUAGAAGUAAGUUUAAGGGCCUUAUCUCACCCCUCUGAAGUCAAGGGCUGGGGUUACCUGCACCUUACCUUGCAAACGGGUGCUCAGGCAGGUGGAGCAGCAAAACCCACCUUGGUCCCCUUGGUUCAACACUGAUGGUGAAGCCAGGCCAUCUCCAGUGCUUCCCAUUGCUGGGCAUUGGCUGCUUCCACUGCUCCAACCCCUGGAGACAUUCCAGCCCAGGUUGGAUGGGGCUCUGAGCAUCCUGGGCUGGUUGAAGAUGUCCCUGUACGUUCAUGGCAGGAGGGUUGGACUAGAUGGUCUUUAAAGGUCCCUUCCAACCCCAACUAUUCCAUGAUUCCAAGUCUGUUAGAAGGAGGUGGGAAGACCUUUGAGAUGUUUCAAUAGUAGGAAAGCUCCUGCACAAGCUGCAGAGGUGGAUGCCUUGUCCCUCCUCCCCCCAGAAGGGAUUUAAGUGCUGGGACAGCAACGGGAGGUCUGCAAUCAGUAAAGCAAGAUGCAUUUCCCUGUUGUGCUGUGUCCAGGACCCCCCUCCCAUCCCAGGACACAGGGAUCCUCUGACACAGGUACCUCUCCGAGCUGCCAAAUUAAGCAGUUUAAUUAGUUCUGACCUUUGUUGCUGUGACCCACACGGGCUCCACCACACCAUCAGCCGGGUCUCGGGGACGGUCCUGCGACACAAACAGGAAAAAGGCUCUUAAACCCAGAGCCCUGCAUCCUUCCAGGGUCAUUGCUGCUUUAGAAACGCACAAAUCUCUAACACCCACAAUUAAUAACUGUUUGAUUAGCAGGAUUUGCAGAGGGUGUGGAUAACCCCAUUAGGGCUGGUGUCAUAAGCAUUAAAUAUUGAUCUUGCCCACGACUGGGCAGGUGUUCAGCUGUGGGUCAUGACCAAGUGGCAUUAAUACCUGUGAAUCCUGGUUCCACUGAGAAAAUUUGCAAUAAAAUAAACAACAAAAAACCC